AUGGUUAAAGACGACACUAUCCCACCGAGUAAUGAAGAUACUGUUGCCGUUGAGGAUCUUUCUUCCUUGACCAUUCAGGACCCUGACUCUUCGGUGGUUGUUGAUCGCCCAGAACUUCCCCAUCGUUCUCAUGAUCCCGAAACCAGCAUGAAGAGAUCAGACCCGUUUCAAUUUGGUUCUCGAUAUUUAAGUGAACAAGACAAUGUCUUCGAGUUCAAUGCAUGGGACCACGUCGAGACUGAUGAUACUUACAAGGAGUAUGCAGAACUACAAUACGCGAAGCAACGCGAAGCUCCUGUAUCGGAAUUUGAUAAAAACAGAUUCAAUUCCGAUCCCGCAAAAUGGUGGAACAAUUUCUAUAAAAACAAUACUGCCAACUUCUUCAAAGAUCGCAAAUGGCUUCAACAAGAAUUUCCUAUCCUUUCUCAAGUAACAGAGUCAUCUUAUGGACCCAUUACUAUUCUUGAAGUUGGUGCUGGGGCAGGUAACACUGCAUAUCCAAUAUUGAAACAUAAUCAAAAUCCUGAAUUAAAAAUCCAUGCUUGCGAUUUCUCCAAGAAAGCAGUGGAAGUGAUACGUUCGAACGAGGCAUAUGACACAAAGAAUAUACAAGCAGACGUCUGGGAUGCUGCCGGCGAUGUUCUUCCCCCAGGAUUGGAAGAGAGUAGUGUUGAUGUUGUGAUCAUGAUCUUUAUCUUCUCUGCCCUUUCUCCCAAUCAAUGGAAUCAGGCUGUUCAGAAUAUCUUCAAGGUCCUCAAACCAGGCGGCGACGUUCUAUUUCGAGACUACGGCCGUGGCGAUCUUGCUCAAGUACGUUUCAAGAAAGGUCGUUAUCUGGAGGAGAACUUCUACAUCAGAGGGGACGGAACCCGGGUAUACUUUUUUGAGAAAGAUGAACUGGUCAACAUUUGGACCGGAAAACUUCCCGAAUCAGAUGCUCAGGACACAGCCUCAGCCUCAAUGGCAGAGCAAGAGAGUGGCUUCGAUAUCGUUGAUCUCGGAGUCGAUCGAAGGUUAUUGGUCAACAGAGCUAAGGAACUAAAGAUGUAUAGAUGCUGGAUGCAAGGCCGAUUUAAGAAGAAGGAUUUGCCUCCUGUCACCAAUUCAACUUAA